CUGAAACAUGGCGAAGAGACGCGAUGAUAGAAGUUACUCGUUUGAUCCCGUAUAUCGCCAUCUUCUGAGAGCCAGGGAUUUAUGUCAAAAUGGCGACGUCCCUCGGGACCUGAAGGCUGAAAUAAAUAGGGCUAUAGAGCUUUGUCAACAAAGAUGGCAAUAUUGUGAAGACCAAACAACAAAGCCUAGUCCGGCCCUUGACCAUCUGAUUAAGGAGACCUUCGCUUAUCCGUGGGAAGAUGCUCACAAAGAAGGCAGGGUGUCAUACUACGCGACUCCCAGGAUGUUGACUGGAAACCUUGAAGCCCAGUUAAUAAAACUUAUAACAAGUGCCAGCAAGGCUAACAUGGUCCUCGAAAUUGGACUUUACACUGGUUGUUCCUCACUUGCGAUGGCGGAAGCCCUUCCUAAAGACGGCAAAGUGGUCUCUUUGGAAAUCGACAAAGGCAUCGCGGAUGUGGCAAGAUCUUUUCUCAAUAGAUCACCAGUAGGGAAUAAAAUUGAAAUUAUGAUAGGGCCAGCUUUAAACAGCCUGGAAAUCUUGGCAGAGAAGCAAGUGAAGUUUGAUGUUAUUUUCAUCGAUGCUGACAAGACGGGAUAUGUUCAAUAUUAUAAGACGAUUUUUGAGAAAGAUCUGCUAGCUUCGGAGGGAACGAUCAUUGUGGAUAAUGUUUUGAAAGAUGGAGACCCGUACUCGGGAGAGGAAUAUGAAUCGAACUCGGGAGCGAUUUUGGAAUUCAACGAAAUGGUUCUCCGCGAUAAAAAUGUCCACAAGGUGAUGAUUCCUGUGAGAGAUGGAGUAUACCUCAUCAGGAGGAUGAAGGACUGAGAGAAAGCCUAAGCACGCUGUACUGAUUUAUAUAUUAACAAUUAAAUUAAUAGCAUAAUAAAAAUAGCGCCUUGAUAAUAAUAGUUAAUAAAACUUACUUAAUAAUUAAUAAACUUUUACCUUUACACAAGAUAAAAUUAAGACCUGUGCGUUUUGCAAAAGUGAAGUAAAACCUAUGUUGCGGCAUGUACAUGAAUGUGCUUAAACCAAAGAACGGGUUGGAGAAAGGUCUUUGAAUGACCACAAUAAUGUAAGCAGCAUCGUACACUCAUCACCUAAGAUGUACAUGUAUCUAAUUUAGUAUUGGAUGUACAGUCGAAUAUGCUAUCUGUAAUCUGGAAGAAAGGUUUAUACCUGUUGGUAUAACCAUAACCAAUGUCUGAAUUACUAGUA